AUGUUAGCCAACAGUGAUAAAGUUUCAGAGGUCCUACAAGAGUCUACUCAUCAGUUCAACCUGCUUACUUCACCCACCUUCCUACCAAAGGUCAAGGAUCAAGGGAAAUUCACUCUCCCUUGCACACUUGGGCAUCUUGAGAUUGACAAUGCCUUAGUGGAUUCUGGAGCAAGCAUCAAUCUGAUCUCUCUCUCCAUGGCAGAGAAGCUAGGCAUAGCUGGAGCCUUGCAGCGCCCUACUACUUCAAUCAUGUUUGGAGAUGCAACUUCUAAGUCUCCUCUUGGAGUGUUCAAGAACUAUCACUUGAAAAUUGGAGAAUGCAUCAUCCAAACUGAUCUCACUGUGAUGGAAAUGGAAGAAGAGAAGGAUUUGCCUUGCUAUUGGGAACCCCUUUCCUUACCUAGAGGUUCAGACUUUUGUGCCACAAUUGACAGUACCAAUCUCAGUUCUAAGAGUCAUGGAGCUACAAAGGUUGUGAAGGAAAGGGUUGACAAGGAACCAAGAGUUGGGAAGGAUAAGGAUGAGAGAGGACCAAGGAUUGAGAAGCCACGUCUUGAGAGGGCUAGAGUUGAGAAACCACGAAGGGCUCUAAAAGAAGGGGAGGAUGCAGCCUCUAAGGCAAGACCAGGAGAUAAAAGAAAGGAUCCACCAGCUCAGGCCCCUUCAGUCAAGCCAUCUCAGCUCACAAUGACUUUGUUCCCCACCAAGUUUGAAAAUGGGAAGAUUGAGUACAAGAUAAGGUACAAGGGGAGAUCAAGCCAUUCUCUAGAGCCAAGGCCAUAG